AGCUGAAGAACAAAGAUUUCAUUAUUACGACUGAAAGCUUUGAAGAGAUUCUGAGGCAAAUCAAAGAAGAAAUGGGAAAAGUAUUAAAAUCAACAGAAAGUUCUGUAACUCAAUAUGAUGAUCUGAAGAGGAAGCUAUUAGAACUUGAAACCAAGAUGUCUGACCAAAAGAAGGGAAAACUGGAAAAUGAAAAAGAACUUGAAGAGAUAAAGAAAACAAUUACAGAAGAAAAGAAGGAAAAACUUGAGAUGGAAAUUGAGCAAGCCAAAUUGAAAGAGAAACUUACUGUUCUAGAGACACUUGUUUCAGAACAGAAAGAGGAGAUGGCAAAAAUUAAGACACAAACUUCUUCAGAUCAAAGUCAGACAGAGUAUGAGCAAACCAAGUUAGUUUGUCGUACUCAAUUGAUGGAACAUUAUCGCAGUGAUGUACUUAAAGUAUCAGCAAUACCUUUACAACCAGAUGAAGAAAAUUAUAACUUCAGUGACAUUUAUAUAAGACCCACUAUAACAAAUAAGAUAGAAAAGAACAGAAGGGAGUCUGAGGAGAAAGAAAUAGAGUCCAUGUCAGAGAUUUUCACAAAGAACGGAGAACCCCAGAAAUUUAUUUAUGUUGUUGGAGAUGCAGGUCUGGUAAGAGUAGUUUCUGUAAAUAUUUGAUCAACUGUUGGUGUAUGGCACACAGUGAUGGACACAAUAAAGAUGAUGAGUUUGAAGGAGUCAAUGAAAUGAAGAAAUUUGAUUUCAUGUUUUAUAUUUCUCUAAGACAUAACAUAAAGAUCCGAAGUAUCCAAGAUAUGCUUGAAAUGCGAUAUGAUAAGAUAAAAAAAUUAGGUAAACUUCUGGAAAAUGAUUCUGAAAAGAUGAUUAUUUUGCUUGAUGGUUUAGAUGAAUGGUCUUUUGACAGUGAGAUUAGGAAUGAGUUCCAGGCAGGCCUUCCUGGACGUGACUUUACAAAGAAAUACACCAUUGUUACUACAUCACGGCCAUGGAAAAUUCACAGUUUGAGAGUAAGUAAUAGAGAGAUUCAUCAAUUAUUGAAAUUAGAAGGGUUUGAUGAAAGACAUGAAAAAGAAAUGAUUAAGAAAACAAUAACAGCACUGGACGAAUCAUUAGAUCCUAGUGAGUGUGAACAAGAGCUUAAAGAACCGUCUGUGGUUAGCCUGAAACAGGUACCAAUUAUGCUGCAGCAAUUGAUUUGUCUAUGGUGUGAUGGUAAACUCAAUAAAACCUCAAGGUGUGCUAUUUAUACUGGUAUGUUAGAACUUUUAUUUCACCUGGAAUAUCAAUAAAACUUUAAGUAAUAAUACAGAACGUAUGAAAAGUUCUCAGAAAUGUUG